AUGGUGGAAGCGCCUCCAGGUCAGGACCUUUUUGUUUCCAAAAUGCUCCAUAAAGCCGUCAUCGAAGUUAAUGAAGAAGGAACGGAAGCUGCCGCUGUUACAGUGACCAGUGCGAGCUUUUCGUUCGCAGCAUGUAAGCCUAGGAAGACGGUAGACUUUGUGGCAGAUCACCCAUUCCUGUUUUUGAUCAGAGAGGAAAUGACUGGAGCGGUGUUGUUCAUUGGGCAGCUGCUCAAUCCUCUUCAAGGCUGA